AUGAAGAGAGGUGGAGAUUUGGCCCCAGAAGAAAAACCCAAACAUCGAACUCAAAAAUUCCGUUCGGAAUGGUUAACUGAUUGUGCUUGGAUUGAACAAGAUGCCGACGAGCUUAAAGCAAGGUGUAAAUUUUGCAACGUCUCUAUGGUUGCCGAAUUAACUGUAAUAAAAAACCAUGGGAAAGGAAAAAAACACUCGAGCAUUUUAAGUAACAGGUCAAAACAAAAAUCGAUGAUGUGUCUUACAUCGAAAACCCCGUCAGUUGAAAAGAAAAUCAAUAAGUCUGUGCAACAAGCGGAAAUUAAAUUGGCUGGUUACAUUGCAGAACAUAAUAUUUCAUUCCUAGCUUCGGAUCAUUUGACGGAUUUGUUGAAAGACAUAUUCCCCGAUUCAGAUAUUGCUAAAUCAAUGUCGAUGAAGCGAACAAAGAAGAAUGAACUUGCUAGUAUACUAAAGGGUGUUCAUUUCAGUUUGUUGACUGACGAAUCAACAGACAUCGCAACAGUCAAAACAUCGUGUGUAGUUGUGCGGUAUUAUGAUAAAAAUUCAAAGCGUAUUGAAAGUACGUUUUGGGAACUACAUAAUGUAUUUAAUUCAAAUAACCCAUCUUCGGCAAACGCUGAGCAAUUAUAUGAUGGGUUAUUAAAAACUUUGCAUGAUUUUAAUAUACCAUUGACAAAUAUAAUUGGUUUUGGUGCUGAUGGGUGUAAUGUUAUGAUGGGGGAGCAUAACUCAGUUGCUUCUAGACUACGAGACUCUUGCCCAGGCAUAUUUAUAAUGAAGUGUGUAUGUCACUCUGCACACCUCUGUGUGAGUGAAGCCUGCAAAUAUUUGCCAAGGUCGUGCGAAGACUUGGCAAGAAACAUUCACAAUUUCCUUAAAAGUAGUUCCAAGCGUCAAAGUGAACUUGUUCAAUUUCAAAGAUUCAUGGACAUUGAACCCCACAAAAUCCUUCACCCAUCUCAAACUAGAUGGUUAUCGCUUGGUGCUGUAGUGUCAAGACUAUUGGAGCAGUGGGAAGCACUAAAGUUAUAUUUUGCUGAUGCAUAUUUGGCACAGCGGUUAAUAGCAACGGAGCAAAUUUACCACAAUCUUAAUGAUCCGUUUAUGAAACUUUUCUAUUAUUUCCUUGAUUGGAUUCUUCCGAUGUUCAAUAAAUUUAAUAGUUUUUUCCAAACCAAGGAAGUUGUUGUGAAUGACUUACACGAGAUGGUGGUUGAACUAUAUACCGAAAUUCUUCAAUGUUUUCUGAAAAAAGAUUAUGUAUUCAGAACUCCAUUAAAUGACAUCAAUCCUAAAAAUGGCCAAUACCAACUGUUAAAUAGCCAGCUAUACUUGGGCAUAAAUGUAUUAAGAAAUAAAGAUAAAGCAGAAAUCGUUAAUGAUCCAUCUCGUUUGAAAGAUUUUUAUGAAAAGUGUAGACAGUUUUUACAGUCAGCUACUGUAGAAAUAAAAAAACGAUACAAAAUGAACGACCCUGUAUUGUCAAAGUUGAAAAUGCUUAAACCCAUCAAUGCUAUUUCACUAAGCUUCAGAGAUGAAAUACCAUCAUUAAUGUCAUUGAUGACUGCUGUACCAAGAAUUGUACCAGAGGAUAACACACAACUCAUGCAAUCCAUUGACAGCCAGUGGCGUAGACUGCCUCUUACAUUAGUUGGUUUAAAAGAGGAUAUUGAUAUCAAGUAUCCUGAUUUUUUUUGGUCAUCAGUCAAACAUAUUGUUGACUAUGACGAGUUAGCUGAUUUUUCACUUUCGGUUUUAAGUUUACCACAUGCCAAUGCUGACUGUGAAAGGGUGUUUUCUACAGUUAACUGCAUUAAGACCAAACAAAGGAAUAGAUUAAACACAGAUACCAUAAACGGGGCCCUUCAUGCAAAGCAGCACAUAAAAGGUGGAAAGGAAAGUGGUAAAACGUGCAUUAACUUCCUACCAAAUUAUGAAAUGUUUAGUCGAAUGACAAAAAACAUUUUAUAUCCUAAGACUGAUGACAACAAAGGUAUCACUGACAAUAUUUUUAAUGUUUUAAGAUUUGACGAUAAUGAGGAAGAAGACUAA